AUGUCAUGUAUGCAGUUCUGGCAGCUCCUUGUGAUACUGGGCUGCUCGCUGACAGGAUACUUCUUGAACCCCCGCACGCCCACUAUCGCCCUGCAUAACGUGUCGUCCCAGGAAAUGUCCGAGAAGAAGUUCAAACUGCUGGGAUCCAAACUGCAGUUCCACAUUGACCUCACCUAUCGCGUCCAAAACGACAACUACUUUGAUAUGUACAUUGACGACAUCAGCUCCGCCGUAUUCUGGCCAGACACGAAAUUCGCCCUCGGCGGCGGUCGCCUCAGCGGCAUUAGGGUGCCCGCCAGACGGAUCGCCGAGAUCAGUAUGCCGAUUACCAUCCGGUACGACGUCAAGCGCGGCCCGCCACCCAUUCUUCUGGGCCUGGUUGAGAGCUGCGGACUGCACGAUGCUGGCAUUGGCGAGAUGAACCUGGAGGUCGAGCUGCAGUCAGACUACCGCACAAAGAUGAAGCAGUCGGCACUCAACACCGGCAGACAGAUCGUCACGGUAAAAUGCCCGGUGCGCCAUCUGGCCAACCUGCAGAUCGGUGACGGAACGUCGGGCAACGUCGGCGACAUUGUUCGCACCCUAAACGCUUAG